UACAUGUCUCUCUUAUGAGUCUUGCGUUCGUCAUUGUGAUAGUAGAUUGUGUUGUUCGUGGAGAGAAAACGUAGAAAUAAGCAAAUCAUGAUUUGAUUUCAGGCAAUUGGUAUAAUAUCGUGAAACAAAUAACGAUUGUUUGAAUAAAGGAAACUGCGAUUUUUCUUAGUUACAUUUUUUCAAGAAAAGAGUUGAACACAUUCUCACGAUGCAUUUUAUGAUACACACAUUAAGAAUUAUUAUUUUUGCAAUUUUAAUCUCAAAUAUUAUAACAAAACAAAAUGAGAAUACUACAUCGAGAAAUAAUACACAUACGAUAAAAGAAUCUGAUGACGAUGAAUAUGUUGAUAUUAAGAAUAAAGAAUUGGAUAAUAAUAUUAAGAAUAAUGAAUCUGAUAAAUCUAAAGAUGUUAAGAAUGUUGAUAUGGUUUCUAAAUUGAUUAUAUUAUAUAUAACUAUUAUCUGCGUUUGCACGCUAGUGAUAGUAAUAAAAAAUUGUCGAUGGGAGAAUAUCAGUCAAUGCAACGGACAGUGUCAAUUGGGCAUCAGAAGAAAUUAUCUUAUCGUUCGCGAUUGUUGCCGUCAGCGCUUUAGGGAUGAUAUCAAUACUGAUGAUCAACCCAGUUAUCAUGCAGAACAUUUCUGUGAAGAUUUUUGCCGUUGGUGCCUUGCUUUUGAUUAUUUUAAUUUUCGUAGGUCUAAUCCUAAUCACGAUCAUCAACCAGAACGUGCAGCAUGUGUACGACGUAUAGAAGUAGCUGAAGCGUCAGUUAUAUUUGAUGGGAGUAAUGUUUCAAUUCAAGAGCAUCAUGCAAACUUUCGUAAGUCUAAUCCUAAUCCCGAUCAUCAACCAGAACGUGCAGAACGUGCAGAACGUGCACAAUUUGCAGAACGUGCACAAUGUGUAGAACGUGCACAAGUACAUGCAGAAGCUGAACCGUCAAUUAUAUGUGAUUGGAGUAGUGUUUCAAUUCAAGAGCAUCAUGCAAACUUUUGUAGGUCUAAUCCUAAUCCAGAUCAUCAACCAGAACGUGCAGAACGUGCACAACGUGUAGAACAUGCACAAGCACAUGUAGAAGCUGAACCAUCAAUUAUAUAUGAUUGGAGUAAUGUUUCAAUUCAAGAGCAAACUGUUUUCAUGGAAACUGAUUUCUAAAUUUAUAAUAAUUAUUUGAGUACAUAAGUAAAGUUUCAAACAUAUUGUUAAAGUAUAAUUACUAUUUCAUUAAGUUUGAUCUGCAACUUUAAGUCAUCAACUUUAGACAAUGCAUAUCUUAUGCAUAACACUUGUUCGUAAGAUAAAAUAUUUUUUGACAGACGUAUAUAGAGUGCAAUGACAAAAAGGAAUGUAUCACAUUGUAAAGUUAGUCCAUUUUAAAUCGUAUUUUAAGAGAUAAUCUUAAAACAGCUAAUAACACUGUAAUUAACUUUUUUAGUUUAUGAUUAUAUAACACAAGUAUAAAAAUUUUAUUAUAAACACAAUUUUUUACUUUGUCUUUUAUAAUUAUUUAUUAUAAAUUAAAAUUUUAAUCUUAUUUAAAUUUUACUUUUUGGAAAAUUAAAAAAAAAAUAGAAAUUAAACAAAUCUUACAAUUAGGAAUCUGUAUAGUAAAAGCAAAUAAAAUGUAUAAAUAUAAUUACUUAAUAACAAUAAAUAAGAAGUCAGCUAUUAAUAAAAAGUAAAAUGUUAAUAAGCAAUAUAACUUUUAGACUUUUAGAAAGGAUAUAUAAAUAAUAAAAUAAAUGCGUGCGCGGAGAAGAUCGCGUAUAAAUAUA